AUGACACUCCCUGCAACUACCACUGCAACUGCCACUGCAUCUGCAACCACAAACGACAGCGACCUCAAUAUUCUCCAUCCUAUAUUUUAG